UCCAGUCUCUUCCUCCUAAAGUGCUGGGAUUACAGGCAUCAGCUGCUGUAUCCAGACUCGUAACACAGACACUUGGGUUUCUUAUUCUAAUUUUUUCUUCCUUUAUCAAAACCAGUUUUCAGGGCUUUUGCCACAUUAGCUCAUCCUAGAGGUCCACUUUCGGCUGUCAGAGUCAUAGAGAAAUUUGAAGUGUAACCAAAAUGACCUCCUAAGUGGUAGGAAACACUGUACUGAGGAGAAAUAUUGAGCCUAAAAUGCCACUUUAAUUUAGUGAAAGUAGUUUUCCUUAAUUGUGCAAUGAAUGCCAACAUCUGAGUGAUUCCAUUACACAAAGAGCUAUUUUAGAAAUUGAAUGCUGUUCAGGGAAAGUCUUUCCUAAUGGAUUUAGAAGGGUUUAAAUCAAUAAGAUGACAAAACGGAUCAAUUCUAGCCAUCUGAAAUAAACAAACUUAAAGCGAUUUCAGUUUUGUUAAUGCUCUAGGCCCUGCCGCAUGAUUCCCUGUAUGACUUUAAGAAAGUAAACUAUUUUGAGCUCACUUUCUUUAAUUGUAAAAUGAAUCUAAUUAUCCCUACCUUGUGGCUCUCUAUAAGGAUCAAGUUACGUCAUGAAUGUAAAGAAUAGCCCAGGUCCAUUUUUCCAUCAGUCUGGAAGGACGUCGGUGUUGAGGUUGGCGUACGUAUCAAGGACAGUAACUACCAUGGCUUCUGAAGUUUUGGCAAAACCUCAGAUGCGUGGCCUUCUGGCCAGGCGUCUGCGAAUUCAUAUGGUUGGAGCAUUCCUGGUAUCCCUGGGGGUUGCAGCUCUCUAUAAGUUUGGUGUGGCUGAACCAAGAAAGAAGGCAUACGCAGAUUACUACAAAAAUUACAGUCCCGAGAAAGAUUUUGAGGAGAUGAAGGCUGGUAUCUUUUGUAGUAUAAAGUGAUCUUGGAAUAGAAAGAAUUUCUUCAGGUUGAAUUACCUAGAAGUUUGUCACUGACUCGGGUUCCUGAACUAAGACACAUGAAUAUGUGGGCUAAGAAAUAGUUUCUCUUGAUAAAUAAACAAUUAACGAAUACAAAAAAAAAAAAAAAAAAAAAAA